AUGUCAACUCAGCGGAGUGGCCAUCUGGAACGGACGGCUCAGGAGCCACGGGAUGAGAGUCUUCUCAAGGUGAGGCUUGGUAGCAUAGACCAAGUAAAUGAGCGGAUUCGGCUGUUUCGCUUGUAUCUUGAAUCAGGACCAGUCAAUUUCUCAGCUGGCCAGUGGUUAGAUACGUAUGUCCCAGAUAUCCCCAAGCCAGGUGGCUUCACCAUCACGUCUUCACCUCGUGCCGCUGCCGACCCAAACGCCCCUUACUUUGAGCUAGCAGUCCAGGAUUCGCCAUAUAAUCCUCCUGCGGCUUGGCUCUGGCGCUCGCCGUCCGAAAUUCUUGGAUCCCAGUUGCAAGUACGUGUUGGGGGAAGUUUUGUCUUUCCUCCAAACGAAAUACCUCUUGGUGAGAUACGCCGGGUGGUGUUUGUCGCGGGCGGCGUUGGGAUCAAUCCAUUUGCCAGCAUGCUGGGCUGGACAGCUGAAGAGGCCUGCAACCUUGAUGUGAAGGUAUUGUAUGCGAGCAAGAUACCCACGCAAGGACUGAACGGUGUUCUUUUCCUAGAAAGAAUCAGAGCGUGGUUCAGAGAGAAGAAGCUCAGCGGUGAUCUGAAAGUCUUUGCAACGGGGGAACCUGGCGAACUUGAAGGUGGUAGUGAGCUUGAAGUGCUAAGGAGGAGGCUUACCAUUCAAGAUGUAAGAGAGGCUAUUGGUGGGCAGGAGGAUGAUUGUGUUGCAUACGUAUGUGGUCCUGCGGCGAUGACAGAUGAACUCGUUGAGGGUCUUACAAGAGAUGGCGGAAUGGAUAAGAAACGAGUUAUGCUAGAGAAGUGGUGGUAG